CACAAAAAAAUGGAUGGACUAUCAUAAUGAUUUUACAAUUCCUUUAGAUAUCUUAAAGAAUAAGGAAACAAAAAUACUACAUAGUAUUGUAUCUUGUGAAAACAGAUACUAUAAUUCUUCACUAAUAGUGGUGGACAAUAAUACUGAACAAUUUAUUCAUUGUUGGGAUGGUAAUGAUUUUUUUGAACUUACCUCAUUUAAAUAUCCCCAAGAUAUUCUUAAUAAUUGUAAUAGUUACUAUGAAAUAGUGGGGAUGGAGAUUAUUGGAAGAAGAUACAAUAUUUACUUCUGUGGUGGAAAAUUUGACUACGAGAUAUUUAAUAAAAAUAUAUGGCGUUACUCCUUGAUAUCUAAAAAAUGGUUCCUUGAAACUACUAUGCCAACUGAAAGAUGGUGUAUGACUGCUGCGUUUGUGAAAAACAAAUUAAUUCUUGUGGGCGGUUUUGGAAAAUCAUAUGAAUACCCCGAAAAUGUUGAUAUCUACGACAUUUAUACAGGUUUGUGGACAUCGGGUGCAAAGCCACCUUGCCAUUUCGGUUCGUGUAAUUAUACCGUUUUGGAUGAAAAAUUAAUCGUAUUUAGAAAAUUCUUGACUAUUCGUACAGACAUAAAUUACUCUGAAAAUGAUUAUGAAUCCUACAAUCCGAAAUGCAAGAUAUAUAUCUAUUUUUCAAAUAUGAAUGUGUGGAAGAUGGUAUCACAUGGUUAUUGGAAGUAUAACCCAUAUGUGUAUGGUAGGGAACUUAUUGAUCCAAUAAUAUUCUUUAAAACUGCACCAUGUUAUCUUGAAAUUGUUGGUAGAAACAUAUUUUUAAGAGUUAUCAAAGAUUCAUGCAACAAAUUAAAAAAUAAACAAUGUGUAACAAUGAGAUACAAGAGUCGGAUCAAAUUUAAAUUAGGCUACAAAAAAUCCAAUGUAGAAAAUUCAAUCCUACACUUCUUAAAAAAAAACUGGUUGGAUUUGUAUCUUCACAGUUAUGACCAUAAUUACAAAACUGAUACAUGUAUAGCGUACCUUGAUUUGACAGGCUCGUGUUAUAAAAACAUACACAUACACAGUUUCCCUAUAAAAGAUACACAGAAAUUUCAGUCAUGUUUUAAUGGUAGGAAUAAAUUUUUUAGUAUAAACGAUCCGAAUUAUUUAUAUAAUUAACUAUUUAUAUAAACUCUAAAGUCGAUGUACUUAUGAAAACGA